AUGAAAAUUUUGGGUUAUUCAAUAUGGCAUUUUCUCAUAUUUUCUCUUUGUUUUCAGUUCCGAUUCAAGUUAAUCGACACAGAAUUUGCAGAAUCAGACUUGUUGGUAAAUAUUGGUGUUGUUCUUGAUCUGAACUCAUCAGUUUCUGCCAUGGAAAAUAUGUGCAUGUCCAUGGCAAUCUCGGAUUUUUAUGCUACUCACUCUAACUAUCGAACGAGAUUAUCUCUGAACUCUAUGCACUCGGAGAAUGUCAUUGGCUCGACUUUUGCGGUUGUGGACUUAUUGAAGAACGUUGAAGCACAUGUGAUCAUAGGGUCAGAAUUGCUUGUUGGAAAGACAUUUCUGGUGGAGCUAGGACAAAAAUCUCAGGUGCCCUUUGUUUCAUUCUCCAACUUAGGCCCUACGAUUUUUCCCACACAAAACCCUCAAAACUUUUCCUCGUCGGUGAAAGCAAUUGCAGCCAUUUUACAAGAAUUUGAAUGGAGUGAAGUUGUUCUUAUAUAUGAAGAUACUGAAUAUGGCAAUGGGAUCAUUCCUUAUCUGGUUGGUGUUUUCCAAGACAUCGGCAUUCGGCUCUUGCACAUUAGUGCAAUCUCUAAUUCAGCUGAAGAUUUUGAAAUUUUAAGAGAAUUGAACACAUUAACAACCAUGCAGACAAGAGUUUUCAUUGUGCACAUGAGUACUCCUAAACUUGGGUCCCGACUUUUUGUUCUUGCUUAUAAGGCAGGAAUGCUGAGUAAAGAUUAUGCUUGGCUCAUCACUGAUGGCUUGUCGAACUCAUUAGAUGUCAUGGAUCCUAGGGCAAUUGAUUUGAUGGAGGGUGUGUUGGGCAUUAGGCCUCACAUUCCCAAGUCAAAAGAUCUUGAAAAUUUCAAAAAGAGAUGGAAUAAAAACCUCCAUUUGAUGAAGCAAAAUAGUCUAGCGUCCGAUCAAGUAAGCAUAUUUGGUUUGUGGGCGUAUGACACCAUAUAUCUAUUGUCAAUGGCAACUGAGAAGAUUGGCCUGAUGAAUACUAGCUUUUUUAAGGCAAAUUAUAGCGAAAAUUCAAUAGAUCUUGCAAAUCUAGGUGUUUCACAAAUUGGUCCAAGACUUGUAAAUGAAAUUUUGGGUACAAAAAUCAAAGGAUUGAGCGGAGAAUUUCACUUGUUUAAUGGACAGUUGCAACCUUCAGCCUUCGAAAUUUUCAAUAUGAUCGGAACAGGAGAAAGAGUUGUUGGUUAUUGGACUCUUGAAAAAGGCUUAUCCCGAAACUUAGGUUCAAAUAAAGGACCAAGAAAUAAGCUGAAAAAGAUUUUAUGGCCUGGAGACUCGAUAACAAUACCAAAAGGUUGGGCUGUACCAGAACUGAAGGUAGCGAUCCCGAAGAAAAUGGGGUUUACUCAAUUUGUGGAGAUACAUAGUAAUCCUCAUACAAAUGAGACAAAAUGCCUUGGGUUCUCCUGUGAUGUUUUCUUUGCGGUUUUGGAAACAUUAGAUUUCCCGGUUCCUUAUAAAUUUAUCCCUUUCAUUAAUGAGAAUGGAGAGAGUGCUGGUACUUACAAUGAUCUUCUCUAUCAGCUUAAAGAAAAGAAAGUGGAUCUUGUGGUGGGAGAUACGACAAUUGUGGCUAACAGGACAUCAUAUGUUGAGUUCACAUUGCCAUACUCAGAGUCUGGUGUGAUCAUGCUUGUUCCAAUUAAGCGUGAUAAACGCAAAAACCUGUGGAUUUUUGUACAACCUUGGCACUGGGAUCUUUGGUUGGCAUUCAUCACGACUCUCAUCUUUAUAGGAUUCGUAAUUCUAAUCAUGGAGAUGAAGCCCCAAACAACCAACACAACGUUCCAAGGGCCGCUUAGGCGUCAACUUAGCAUGAUCUUCUAUUUUCCAUUUUCAUCUGUAGUCCUUCCACAAAGAGAGUCGAUGGUCAGAGACUGUACGAGGUUUGUAUUGGCAAUAUGGUUAAUCUUGACAAUUAUUCUUAUGCAAAGCUACACAGCAAGCUUAUCUACAAUGUUAACAAUCGAGGAAUUGCGUCCUACAUUUGUCAGUGUGAAUGAGCUCAGAAGAAAAGGUUGCUUUGUUGGAUACCAAAAUGGCUCAUUUGUGAAAGAUUUAUUAGUGCAUCAGUUGAUGUUGAAUGCGUCCAAGCUCAAGCCAUAUGACACCGUCCUAGACUAUUACAAAGCUUUGUCCGAAGGAAGUGAAAACGGUGGAGUUUCUGCCAUCUUUGAUGAAAUACCCUACAUUAGGGUUUUUCUAGCUAAAUAUGGAAAUAAAUACAUGAUGACCGGCCCAACACACCGGACCGAUGGCUUUGGCUUUGCAUUUCCGUUGGAAUCCCGUCUAGUCUCUCAUUUUUCUCGAGCAAUUUUACGUGUAAGAGAAAACAAAACAAUGGAUGAUAUUGAGAAAAGAUAUUUUGGUCAUGAACUUACUUCUCAGAGUCAUGCUGAUCCAAUUGCUACAAGUAGUCCAAGACUCGGUUUGUAUAGCUUUGGAGGUCUCUUCAUCAUCACAGGGGUCGUGACAAUAUUAGCCUUGAUCGUAUCAGAAAGUUACAUUUGGAGGACUGUUAGAACGGUAAGAGAAUGUAGCCAAAGAUGUCUUUCAUCCAAAGAACCAAAUAAUACCAAAGAAGCUGCAGUUGAACCAACAACUGAGAAUGAGAUGAAAGCCAUUGAACAAUCCCCUGUGCAAGAAAUUGAGAAUUCUGAGAAAGCUAUUGCCAGCACGUCGAACCAGAUUGAGGAAAAUAUUUCUCCACAGCAAGAGAUCAUAGAAGAAAACAACUAA